AUGAAUGUAGGCGUGUACCUCCUAACAGCAUUCCUUCUAUACGCAUCCCUACUGAAUUACAAAACCUUGGUACACCUGAUUACCCCCCCUUUUGGUGAGCACAUACAGAAGGGGGACGACCCUGUCUAUAAUGCCAUUGAUAAGUAUUUGCACAUCUUCCUGGAAUAUGGGUUCGUUAGCAUCUACCUUAUAGUUGCAUUUAAGCCACACAGAAAUGUGUACUCGAAGCAGAGUCCCCAGAACUACCUCUUUGCCAAAGUGUUGCUAGUGUUUUUUUUUUUUUUCCUGUUCCACUUUCUCCUUAAUAUCAAAAAUAACUUCCCCCUAAACAUCUUCUAUCUAAUACUUACGACAUUCCACUUGUCUGAAUUUUUCCUCUCCUUUUUACACAACAAGAAUAAUUCAAAUUACUACAACUUUUUAGUGAAUCCUAAUUGUGGCUAUGUGUACUUCUUCAUCCUUACGUUGCUUGAAUAUUACGCAAAGAUUUUUUUUUUCGUCUUGGUGCCCUUUUGUGAGAAGUAUUUUAGCAAGAGACUCCUCCAGAACCUCCUCAUUGUGAAUUAUUUUUUCUUCAAGAAUUUCGUACAGAAUGGGCGAGCUGUAUGCACCUACUUCUAUGUUGAUCAGAUCGAUUGGGGGGUUAAUCGAGGGGAAUGCCAAGUCGGCAUUGGAGUAAACUCGAACCUUGGCACUGAUUUUACCGUUGGUGUGGGCGCGGGGGAGUCAUCCUUACUGCGCCUUCUACAGAACCGCAUACGCAUGCGGGGAGAGCUACACAGGGGGGCCUUCGCACUCCCCUUAGCAAAAAGACAGGGAUGUUCUUCACAAGGCGAUGUAAAAUAUACUGGAGAAAAGAACGCAUGUUUCACGGGUGAUGUUUUUUCCCUUGGGGGGAUCUAUGGAGAAUGCCUCUUCACCACAGGGCCACCCCCUUUUGACACAUGCAAAAAGUACGACUUAAACAACUCCAUAUACCAGAAAAUUAUUCACCAAUACGCAGGCAUAUUUGAUAAGUAUGAAGUGAAGGGAAGUUACAAACGAGCACACAAGUACCACCUCUUCUUUGUACUGCUAUGCAUGCUCUUUUCCUUGUGUGGUUUACUUUUGCGAAUAUUAGGUUUAGCUCAUUGUUCCAAGAACUUCUCCUUCUACGUUAUGGACACCGACCACUUGGUCGACAAAUGUAUCAAGAACAAACAUACGUUGGUGAAGUCUGGUGUGUACAAGUAUAUGAGGCAUCCCUGCUACACUGGAUGGUUCUUCUACGCAUUAUUCUUGCAACUGCUCCUCCUCAACCCUUUCUGCUUCGUCUUAAGUUUUUUUGUAUUAUGGGCGUACUUUUAUCACACCAUCAGAAUGGAAGAGAAGUACUUAUUGGAGUGUUACGGCGAGGAGUACAGAAAUUACAAGCUGGAAACACCCAACAUAUACAUCCCCUUUAUGGGCGGAAUUUAA